GAGAGCACUUUCCCUGCGUGUAUUGUAAUUUUACUCCAAAAUCCUCCUACGUCUUAAUUGUUAAUAUAUGUAUAUAAUCUUCUAUUAUGAAAUCAUCGUGUAUAUGUUAGCGUUACCUUGCUUGAAUACGCCGUAUAAAGCCACAGAACGUCCGUUUGAGUGAAGGUAAACCUGCAACAUCUACACAACAUGAAGUUAGUUCUUUUCACAAUUGUCUGCAUGGUGCAAAUGUUGAUGAUCAAUUGUUACCACAACUGUGGAUUCAAAGGUCCCCUUCAGUGGCGACAGACGGUGACUGGACAGUCGGAGGGGUAUUGUAUGACUGAUGAAAUUCGACCACGUGCCGUACAGCUCGGCUCAGACAUUAAAACUAAAGACUGCUUCAACUGCCAGUGCACGAACAGUGGGCUCUAUUGCUGUGGAAUUGGAAUUAAAGCAGUUGAGGAUUCCAUAAGCCCACCGGAAGGAUGUCAGAUUUUCAUCACCGGAUGUGACUACUACUUCCGGAAGCUGUAUGACGUUAAUGUUCCAUGCUAUUAGGACAACAAUCAACGUUUUGGUUUUGGAUUCAGCUGUUUGGAAUCGCGACUGUUUAUCAUUGUUUAAGAUAACAAAUAAAAAAAAUAUAUAUAUACUACUA